AUGGCAGCUGUUUCAAAAGGCCAUCAAGUCCAUCCCGAGGGACGGACGUGGAAAGAACAUUUUUCAAAGGGGGAUCUUUGGGUAUUUGGUUAUGGCACCGACCACCGAGGAACGCCCGAACAACCUGGACGUGUGGUCACUGUGAUCGAUCGUGAGUUUUGGGAAACGCUGGGUGAUCCCCUCGCCGAACUUGAAUCCUCAUCUUCAUCAACGGGCAAAGUCUGGGGCGCUGCAUACCACAUCCCCGCCUCCCACGCCGAGGAAGUCCACGACUACCUCGAUGAGCGUGAAAUCGACGGGUACAGUGUCCGGUUCACACCCUUCUACCCUACCCGAGAAUCCUCGUCUGAGUCACAGGAACCCAUCACAUGCAUGGUAUAUAUCGGACAGCCAUCGAAUCCGCAAUUCCUGCGUGAGCCAGAGCGUCGAGCUCCAGAAGACGUGGCGCAAGUGAUCAGUGCGGGCCACGGACAGAGCGGUAAGAACACGGAGUAUCUGUAUCUGUUGGAGAAGGCGUUGCAAGGAUUGGGGCUGGGCACGGCAGAUGUGCAUGUGACUGAUUUGGUAGAGCGGGUCCGGGCGAUUGAGACCGCUGGUCUUGCGGAUGAGGAGGAAUGGCAGGCAGAGCGAGAUGUGCAGGCGAGUUUGUCUCGGUCACCUGAAGAAGUCUUGCAGAGAGAUAAUAUUGAGUGA